CAGCAUGGCAAACGAUGGAACUGGCAGCCGCAGAAGAAAUAAAAAUGGCUAAAGAUGCUGGGAACGUUGACGAAAACGGCAUUCCAUGCAUAACCGUUGUUACAGAUGGAGCCUGGAGUAAAAGGUCGUAUAACGUUAAUUACGAUGCCAUGUCCGGAGUCGUAAGUAAUAAGUUGUAAUAAAACAGCUGCAAUCUAUAUAACAUUAUUUCAUACUGUUGCAUUGUUAAUUAUUGUUUUAGGCUUGUAUUAUUGGAUACAAUACGGGUAAACUAUUAUUUCUUGGAGUCAGAAAUAAAUAUUGCUCCAUUUGUUCAUGGCAUGAGAGCAAAGAACAAGAAACUCCAACACAUAGAUGCUUUAAAAAUUGGACGGGCAGUUCAACAGCUAUGGAAACAGAUAUCAUAGCAGAGGGUUUCAGAAAUAGCCUUAAUCAAUAUGGUAUAAAAUAUUCUAAAAUGGUUGGUGAUGGUGAUUCCUCUGUAUAUAGGAAACUGUUAGAAAUAAGACCAUAUGGAAAUUGCUUGGUGCAGAAAAUUGAAUGCAAAAAUCAUAUUUUAAGAAAUUUUGCCAAAAAAAUACGAGAAAUCAGCAGCAAGAAGAGAAGUAAUUCUCAAAAUAAACCUGUGCCAAUAACUCUAAGAAAAUGUGUUCUGUCUAGGUUUAUGCGCCUCAGAAGUGCGAUCACGAAAGCAACAACCUACCGAAUCGGAGAAAACACAAGUUUAGAAGAAAAAGUUCAGUUGCUCCGAAAUGAUAUAAAUAAUGCGCCCAGUCAUGUUUUUGGAGAGCACAACCUUUGUAAAACUAUAAAAUAUUUUAAAUGCGAGGGUCAAGAUACAAAUAUAAUACCCGUUAUGAAAGAAUGUGGUAUCUAUGAAGACGUAAUGAGUGCCCUUCAAAGAGUUAUUGACAAUGCAAGUAGUCUUAUUAUGAACAUGGACAAUAACUUGGCAGAGCACUAUAACAGCGUUGUGUGUAAAUUCAUUGGGGGUAAAAGAAUAAAUUUUUCAUUAAGAGGGUCAUAUCAGACGAGGUGCGAAGCGGCAGCACUAUCGUUCAAUUCGGGUGGUGAAUACCAUCGAAUGAUAAAUAAAACAAUGUUUGGCAAUAGUCCAAAAGGCUUUUAUAAAAAAUUUUAUUUAAAAAAGAAAAAAGAGCACGCCAAAAUUAAAGCUAGAAGAACUUUGUUUCCAAAAAAAAAAAGAAAUCGGCUAAACAAAACCUGCCAGAUCAGGAUUACGGCCCCAAUGCCAACUAUCUGCCCUUAAAUCCAAAUAGCGACGAG